AUGGGCAUGUGCAUGGAGACUGUCACCCGCAGGAAUGGAAGGACCUUUCCUAAGCAUGGGCAGACCUGCUUGGUGCAUUAUGUGGGUAUGCUGGAAGAUGGGGAAAAGUUUUAUUCCUCUUGUGACAAGAACAAGCCGUUCAAAUCUGGGAUGGGCAAGCAGGAGGUUCUCUGUGGCUGGGAAGUGGGGGCAGCCCAGAUGAGUGUUGGCCAGCAGGCCAAGGUGAUGAUCCCACCAGACUAUGGCUAUGGCUCCACUGGGCACCCAGGAAUCACCCUGUCCAACACCACUCUAACUAACCCUUGA